AUGUUCAUUUUCCUUGCCGCUGUCACCAUUUCGUUCUUGUCUCUUCAGAGUGAACAUGACGGCAAAAGUCAUCGCUGCGACGGACUUGACAAUUUACAGACACAGAUCAGUGAAAUGAAUGACGAUUUUGAAAGAAAUGUGAGAGAGUUUCGGAGAAGCAUAGAUCGAUUUGAAAAGAAAAACAAAGAAACUGAAGAGAAUAAGCAACUUUCUUCCAGAAACGGAAUCGCUAAUAGAAAUGGACAACAAAAGGAGAUUAUUGUUCCCCGUCUGAGGGGUUUACCAUCCUCAACCUUAAAAAGUAAUGAGGACCUUGAUGACCUUCUUAAAGACAUACUUUCACGUAACCAGGAGUCGUCUAAACAUAUCACCCAACUAAACAACACAGCCAACGAGUUGACUCCGGUUCGAAGGAGUAUUCCGGAUACCAGACACAAGGAAUGCCUUACCCAAACCUACCCGGAUGUAUCAACGAUGCCAACUGUAUCCGUGGUGAUCAUAUUUUGCGAUGAAGCACUGCAGCUUAUACUUAGGAAUAUUCACAGCAUACUGGACAAGUCACCUCCCCAUCUUAUCCACGAAAUAAUUCUGGUUGACGACAAAAGUACUUUAGACUAUCUUAAAGAUGAUCUAGAUCUGUACGUCUCGUAUCUACCGAAUGUCAGGGUAAUUCAUAACAAAAAUCGAGAAGGCCUCGUAAAAUCAAGAAUGAUUGGCGCAAGAUCUGCAACUGGUGACGUUAUGGUUUUUUUCGAUGCUCACAUGGAAUGUAAUGAGCAAUGGCUCGAACCGUUAUUGUCAAUUCUAAUGGAAGAACCAACGGCUGUUGUGCAGCCUCGAGUUGAUAUCAUAUCAGACGAAACUAUUGCGUACUACUCGUUGGAUAGUGGCAAUGGCGUUCCAUUUAGAGGUGGCUUCGGCUGGGAUUUACGGUAUUCCUGGUUCAAGCUUCCGUUGAAAUUCAGACCGAAGAGUCAGGCCGAACACUUCUGGACGCCAGUUCUGGUUGGAAACGCCAUCGUGGUGAAAAGAGACCACUUAUUUCGGAUAGGAGGGUUCGACGAGGACCUCAAAAUCUGGGGAGGGGAACAUUUCGAUUUGUCUUUCAAAAAUUGGUUAUGUGCUGGACAUGUUUACACUGUUCCUUGCUCCAGAGUGGGACAUCUGUUUAAGAAGGCGGCUGGGGGAUAUAGCUUCGAAGGUGACCGAGAGGCAAUCAUUGUCAAAAAUCUUAUGAGAGUUGCAGAAAUUUGGCUACAAGACUACAAAGAUAUCUUUUACAAGGUGACAAAAGCAGCGGCAUCAAAAAUGCCUAGUUUUACUAAAGAAGAUAUUAAAUCGAUAGGUAAAAGAAUCGACUUGAAACGUACACUAAAAUGUAAGCCUUUUAAAUGGUACAUGGACAAUGUUAUUCCUGAUCAGAUUGUUCCGCGCCAUGAUGCACUACUAUUUGGAGAGAUCACUAAUGUAAAAAGUCAACGAUGCUUUGAAGUGAAUGAAGAUAUUGUAGGUUUAACAAGUGAAUGUUUUGUACAUAGAAUAUUACCAUACAAUACGUUCACGUUCACAAACAAAAACCAACUCCUGUUUGAAGACAGAUGUGUUUACAUUAACGAUACCAGCUACAAACUGCGUGUAACCGCUUGUUCGGACACAGCACGUGUACCUAAAGGCAGAUGGGAGUUUCCAUCAGGAAAAAUAGAGGGGAUAAUUCAGUUUGUUACCAAAAAGGGGGAACAUUUGUGUGUAACUACAACGGUAUCGGACCCAAAAGGUGACCCCAUAGCAAUACCGUAUUCUAUUUCCGGUUCAGACUGUGACGUGUGGUCUUUCAUGUAUAGAUUGGCUAAAAUCUAGAUUGAAGUAAACUUUAUUGUGCAUGAAAUUUCACAGACCUUGUAACUAUCAUUAUUUUAACAGAAAUGAUCACUUGAGAUAAUUUCAUGUUUAAGACUCAUUAUAUGGUAAUUGGUAGGAAAUUCAAGAGAUUGAAUCAUGUAGGUUGAAUGGGUUCUGCGAAAGAGAGGCAUGUUUUAUUUCUAUAUAAAUGGAAACAUUAUUCAAUA